GUCCUUGUAUUACAGAGUUUAGAACAAGAAUGUCUAGAUUAGAUGAAGAGAUAGAUAUAAUGUUUGAGGAUUUAUUAGAACUUUACGAGGAGGUUAGAGAAGAGAAGGAGCUGGAAAUUGGAAAUGAAACCUUUUUGUUAAUUAUCGUUAAUCUACUGACCUUUCUCUCCUACCCAUUCCUUUAUUUACAUGAGUCCUAUUUACAUACAAUCGAUGCUCCGCAUGUAGUUGAUCAAAUCGGACUGGCCGUUUACGAUGCAGGUUUCUCUUAUGAGCUAUUAGCUGAGAUCCCCAGUCCGGCCCACUGUGCAGAGGUUUCUGAAGUUUUAGCCCACUGUGAACUCCCUAGAGACCAGGAUUAUUUUCUUGAAUCUGAUGAAUUCAUUUUGUGUUUGGCGGAAUCUUUCAGCUGUGUCGAAUCAAAAAUUCUAGGAAUAAUUUCAAAUCUUCGCAUUAAAAAAAGAUGAAAAAGUUUUUCUUCAAUUUUCCAUUCUAUUAAAACUUAUAUUUUAAAUUCAAUUGCAAGAAAAUUCAACCAGGUAGUUUAUAUUGAAAAACUUGUACAGGGAGUGUUCAGAGUGUAAUUGUAUAAUCGCAAGGGAUUAUCCCUUAUUUGAGUGGCAUGUCAUAUUCACAACGGUUUCUUUCAGGGUUUAAAAGUAUGAGUAAAAGUGAGAAAGAUAUCAAAAUUCUUCUUUAUAAAAAAGUAUUAAAUUCUGUUACUGUAGUGUCCAUUUUUUCUAAAGCAUAAAUGAGCGGGUCAUUUUUAUGGCGAAAUCACAAUUUGAAAAAGUCAAUUUUCUCCUAGAGAAAUAAAAUAUCUCAUUCACUCUCAAUCAAGUAAAGAUGUAAAGGGUAUUGUUCCAAAGAAAAUUUGUCAAUUCAAAUUACGUCUACAGUCCCUUCAGUUUGUUAUAAAAUCUUAUUUUGAUAAAAGUCAA